CCAUAACCUGUUAAAUACGUUAAUUUUGCAAUGCCUAUGACUUAAAAACUAACCGACCAAUUGAUCCGAUUAUUUGUAACUUGACGGCAAUUGGCAACCCAAAAAUCCGAGCCCAUAACCUGUUUCUUAGUGUAUCAACACGUGCCAACUAAAAGUUAAACCUCAAUUAGAGGUUACGGUUAAUGAUAGUGAUAGAAAAUAACAUAAUUGUUAUACUUAUAAAAGAGUGCAGGUAAGUAAGCAGAUAACAAAAUUGCUACGAGUGAAGAAAGCUAUUUACCGUCAGUAGUUGAAUAUCUAAGUUGUUCAUGAGUGGAUUGUUAAUAUUUAUCGUUAAAUAAAUAAAUUUUGUUGAAAAUGAAUUAUUUAAAGUUAUGGAAAGUAAAAGUAUUAAUAUCCUUUUUGAUAUUGAUAGAAAGUUGUCUUUGUUGUCAAGUUCUAACAGAUCGUUCAAUAAAAGAAGUACUUGAAGAAAAUUAUAAAUCACCUUGGUUGGUUUUAAUUGUCGAUGUGACUUUAGGACCGAUUAAGACUCCAGGACUUGCAGCCCCGGCCUACGGAUCGCUAAUACACCAGAGAUUAGUGCUAACAGCUGGUUAUCCUUUAGCUAAUUCGCAACCAAAAAACUUAGAAGUCUGGGCAGAUUGCAGAGAAGAGAACGGGAGGAGAACCUGUAUUACUGAGAAAGUAUUAUGGAUAGUCGAUUCCAGUAAAACAAAGAAAAAGGAAAAAACCAUCGAGGAUUGGGAUGUUUUGAUGUUAGAUGAACCAUUUGUCUUAAGUGAUAGGAUAAAUGUUAUUGGUUUGGCUAACAGUGAUGAUAAUUAUGACAAAACUUGUCAGAUUUAUCACUGGCAAAUAGUCGCUACAUUCGAUCAUUUACCACAAGGACCUAUAAAACGCGACGCGGUGUUGCAUUUUUCUUACAAUGUGACACUGAAUAACGAUGAAUUUAAAGUAACCGAAGAAGGAAUUAUCCAGAUGAAUGACGAUUUAGAUUGUCUAAUUGAACCUUGCUUUGAUUACACUGCCAAUAUUCCGACAAAACGAAUUAGUUUCAUGGGAAGUCCGAUUGUCUGUCAGCAUGAAGACGGAAGGCCACUUCAAGUUGGUUUCGCGACUAUUGUUACCGAGGUCCUAGGCAAUGAAGGUGAUCAGCAAGCUAGAAUUCAAAAGGGUAGUUUUGUCAGGUUACUUGACGAUACUGAAAAGUACUUAAAUCCUAUUAUCGAUAUACAAGCCAAUGAAUAAUGAACUAAUUACUUGUAAUUAUUCGUUAAAAAUGCUCCAGUGUAGUAACAAUGAAUAAAAAUGUUCAAUAUUAAAAA